AUGGCUGAUGACAAAAAGGGUGCUACAUUUUCGUUGAAAGUGAUGAUCAAUAAAGAGAGAACUAAGGUAUUCUUUGCAGACUCCGACAGCCACUUCGCAGACAUUUUGUUAAGCUUCUUGAGUUUGCCGUUGGGAAGAAUUGUCAAAGUCCUCGAGAAGCACUUUGGAGACGAGCCGCCUACCAUUGGUAGCUUAAGCAGUUUAUACCGUAGCUUAGUAAAUCUCGACAGUUCCUAUUUCUGGACAAACGGGGCUAAGCAGACUCUGCUCAAUCCAGCAAGUUCAUCCGAAGCUGAAUACCAAAGGCUGAAACUCGACAUCACUGAUUUUCAGCCUGCUGAAUAUUUCAAGUGUAGUAAAUAUCCCAUCCAUCACUCUCAGUCUUAUAGAUUUCGUAGCGUAAGCAUCUACUAUGAUGAUGUCAGCAUGUGCAAACUUUGCUUGCAAGAUAGUAUGAUUAAAGAAGUAGUUAAGAAAGGGUCUGAAGCUGCUGCAUCUAGAGAAGGAGUUUUCACCAUGAAUACAUCAUCUUUCUUAAUCUCUGAUGAUCUCCACAUAUUCCCAAGUGAGACAGGACUCUUAGAAAUCAUUAGCUUUCUUGGCAUUACAGACAUGGAUAACGCUGAGCAAAUCAAAGUGGAUUUGGGCUUCAAUGAGGGAAGUUAUCUUAAAGGAUCUCCAACUUAUCACGUGGCGGAUGAUUUAACUGUUACGCCUUUCUGCUUUGCCUCGACACUUUCCUCUCUUAAAGAGCAGAAAAUCUCGAUAUCUGAUGUCAAAGAAGUGGAGAUGCAAAUCGGGCUGAAAGAGGCUUUAAGAAUACUGAAAGCCUCUCUUACUUCUUCUACUGCUCUCACUGAUGCUCUCUUGACUCGCAAAUCGAUUAAACGACCUAAGAGAGAAGAAGUCUGA